AUGACUCACAAUCCUUCUCCCCACAUCUCACUCUCCACAGCAUUCUUCACAGCAUCUUUUCCGGCUUCCCGCAUCACCCAAUCCUCUGUACACAGAUAUAUCCUAAGAUUCGCCAUUUCCGCGCAGAAAUUCAUAUGCAGCUGCAGUGAAAAAAGCUGCGAAAGGAAGUACAAAAAUGAGGCUGAGAUGGUCAUACCGGUCACCAACUGUACGUUUGAGGCAAGCAAGUGGAGCGCAGAUGUAAUCCCUGUUCUGCUAUCCCCGCGCCGCUUCACCGAGUUUGUUGAAAUAAGUCACUCCAUGCUUGUCGCUUGCAUUUGA